UAAUAGAGGUUUCAAGUAUGGCGUCUUUGCAGAAACAGACGAACACCGACGGAGAAAAUAAUUAUGAAAAACCUGGCAUGCCGAGAACACCCAAAGAAUGGAAGAAAUGGAAAGAAGAAAGAAAAACAGUCAAAAGAAAAUGGAAAGAAGAAAAGUUAAUCAAAACACUGGAAAAAGAAAUCACUCGAGAGAAAGACAAGGAAGCGAAAAAACUGAAAGAGGAUGAUGAUAAAAGAACAAAAGAGAAGAAAGGUCGGCCCUAUACAGUUUCUAUUGCUCUGCCCGGCUCCAUACUGGACAAUGCUCAGUCACCGGAAUUGAGAACGUACCUGGCAGGACAGAUUGCUAGGGCAGCUGUUGUGUUCAGUGUUGAUGAGAUCAUCAUAUUUGAUGAAACUGGAUGCACACAGAAGUCUACUGAGGGAGAUUUUGACGGUAUCGGCAAGAAGGGACAGGCUAAUGUACAGUUGGCAAGAAUUCUCCAGUACCUUGAGUGUCCACAGUAUCUGCGGAAAUCUUUCUUUCCACAACACAAAGACCUGCAGUAUGCUGGUAUUUUAAAUCCCCUUGACUGUCCGCACCACAUGAGAACUUCUGAAGACUGCAUAUUUCGAGAAGGAGUGGUGCUCGACAAACCUGUCAAACCGGGCAAAGGGUCCUUUGUUAAUGUUGGCUUGCAGAAGGAGGUUCAGAUAGAUCGAGAACUGAGGGCCGGUGUUAGGGUCACAGUGAAGUUGGACACUACCCAAGAAGAUAAAAAAAUGCGAAAAGGAACCGUUGUAGCACCAAGCACACCGCGCACGUCCGCCGGUCUCUACUGGGGCUACUCGGUCCGUCUGGCCCUCAGUCUAGGGGCGGUGUUCUCAGAGUGCCCCUACAAACACGGCUACGAUCUGACGGUGGGGACGUCAGACAAAGGCACAUCAGUGGAUGAUGUGGCAUUCUCAAGAUUCAGACACGCGUUGAUCGUGUUUGGUGGGGUGAAUGGUCUCGAGUCAAGUCUGGAGUUUGACGAAGCUCUCGGAGUUGACGACCCCAGCCUGCUGUUUAAACAUUAUCUCAACUCGUGUCCUGGGCAGGGCAGUCGCACAAUACGCACAGAGGAAGCCAUUUUGAUAACACUUUCUGCUGUGAGACCUCGAUUCCACAGUGCUAUCAAGAAACUGGAUACAUCAUAGUAGUUCUUGUUAUUACUUUGUGCAAUAAACAUUAUUUUAUAA